AUGUUGUUAGAAAAGAAAGAUGCAGAACUUAGUUUAAAAGCUUUUCAACAUCAAGAGAUAUUUCAUCAAGAAGCAUUAAUUUAUGAAUAUUCAUUGAUAAAAAAUAAAUUAUUUUCAUAUGAAAAACUUGAACAUGAAGCUCGUACAUUAGUUGAUAUAUAUAUUCGUAAAUAUUCAAUUUCAAAUGAACAUUUUAAUGGAUUAUCUGAUUUUCAUCCUCAAAUUGGAGUUCUAAUGGUGCCAUCUGCUAAUUCAGGUGUUGAAAAAGCCUUUAUGUUUAUAAAAAACUUGCCAUACAAAAUCCAUAUUCAUGUUGGUAUUACCGGUCUACACAAAAUAUUAGCACUUCUUGUUAUUGUAUAUAUGAAUCUCAAUCAUUGGCCUACUCAUAAAUUGCUUUUAAUGCUUAUUGAAAACUCAAAGAGAAAUAGUAAUUAACCAUAUGCAGGUAUGACUUCAACUAGAUUUAUAUUUUUGUUUUAUAUUAUAUUAAGAUGAUAUAUUUGUUUUAUAUUAUAUU